AUGGAGAUCAAAUAUUUCAUGGAUCCAGCAGUACAUGCUUUGCAAUACCUAGAUGUUAUUCAAAUGAAGGACACAACACACAAGUCCCACUUCUACCACAGUCUUAAAGGAGCUUUAUCGAAUAUCCCACGAAAAAUGUGGUACAUGCACGUGCUGCCUUCCCUGAACUCGGAGUUACAAACGCCGGAAGUGCUGGCCGCAGCACUUCAGCCCUUGCUCUUCAUGAUCGAAGAAUCCACGCAGGAAGAAUACACUCAACUAAUUCUUCCUGUAUUCAGAGCUGUUUUCGCCAUGCCAAAGAGCGUACAGGCUACGGUUACGUUACUGGAAAACAUGGAUGUUAUUAUGAAGAAAACUCCUAAAAGUGAUCUAAAAUCUGAAGUCUUGCCCAUGCUGUACAACGCAUUUGAUUCUACGACUCCUCAAAUUCAGUGUGCUGCUCUGCAUGCGGUGGCUCAGACAGCUGAUUAUUUGGAAGAAACUGCCGUCCGAAAAAUGGUGCUGCCACGGACGAAACAAGUGUUUGAAAACAACAAUGGUAUAAAGGUGCAAGCCAACGCUCUUACGUGCAUAGAAAAAAUAAUCGACAAACUGGAAAAGACAGAUAUUUUAGAUGAAGUUCUUCCUAUGUUGAGUAAAGCCAAAGUACAAGAUCCUGCAAUACUUAUGCCGGUAGUAAGAAUUUAUAAAUUUAUGCUAGGUGAUAAAAGGUAUGGUUUAACUGUUAACUUGCUAGCAACAAAAGUGAUGCCAUCAUUGAUUCCUGUAGUCGUCAGCCCUGCACUCAAGCUGGAUCAGUUUACAGCCUUGGUGGAGUUGCUGAGAGACAUGUUGGAGCAUGUGGCAAGAAGUCAGAGAAACAAACUAAAACUGGAGAAGCUAUCAAUUCCUUCAACAGAAGUUCUACCUGUUCAAUACUCUAUGGAGCAAGCAACAGGGUAUCCUCAUCGACCUCCUCUUCUACGGCUACAGUCUAGAAGAACAUCAGUCAGCAUGGACGAUGUGGUUAGAAGAACAACAAGCUCGACUUCCUCCUCGCCCGAUUCGAACUUGCUGACUGUCCAGGGCAAUCUACCAGGACGUCGUCAUUCAGACAACACUAUCCAGCCGCCUCGGAUCCUUGUGGCUCCUGCCAGCCCGGACGGCAACUUGAAGAGAGGUGCAAGCGCCGGAAUGUUGCCCAUUAGGAGACACUCUGGGGGUCAGGACAAUCGGUUUAACAACUGGACACCCAAGGUGACUCCGAAUUUCAAUAUAGAGUUUUUCACGCCAACUAGACCAGGUAUGAGGCGGUAUUCAGCUGCAGCUGUCUGUGCAACGGAUCUGCAGCGUUCAGCAGCCCAAGUACCGGGAGGACCUCCUAACCAAGCUUCAAGUAUUUUGCAACAAAUUGGAUCUGGAGUGCAACAACUCUUUUCUGGAAAGCAAUGA